AACAAGAUUUGCCCCAAAAAAUAUAGAAACAGGAAGGGAUCGUUAUAAAAAAAAACUUCAACGCCGUUUCUUCUUCUCUUCAUCAUCAUCGCUCGAAAUAAUCUCCCAUUCAAGCAAGCAACCUUGGCGGAUCAAAUCUCUCAGUGUAGAAUCUCAACAAUGUUUACACGGCUAUUCGGGAAACCCAAGGAGGAGACUACUAGUACUCUCGCCACAUUAAACAAGCUUAAUGAGACUCUUGAGAUGCUGGAGCUGAAGGAAUCUGUUCUUCUAAAGAAAGCUUCUGGAGAGGUUGAGAGAGCCAAGGAUUUCUCCAAGGUCAAGAACAAACGCGCGGCUAUACAAUGUUUGAAAAGGAAGAGGUUAUAUGAGCAACAAGUUGAGCAGCUUGGCAAUUUCCAGCUCCGUAUUCAUGAUCAAAUGAUUAUGUUAGAAGGUGCCAAAGCAACAACAGAUACUGUAGAAGCUUUGAGGAUUGGUGCUGCUGCUAUGAAAGCUAUGCAGAAAGCAACCAACAUUGACGAUGUUGACAAGACAAUGGAUGAAAUCAAUGAGCAAACCGAUAACAUGAAACAGAUCCAGGACGCAUUGUCCGCUCCGAUUGGCUCUGCUGCUGAUUUCGAUGAGGAUGAAUUGGAAGCAGAACUCGAUGACCUCGAAAGCUUAGAGCUAGAGGACCAACUUCUUCAACCAGUAAGGCCCCUUCCUGAAGCAAAGCAAUCUGCUCGUCCUACUCCUAUACCUCAGAAGAAACAGACCGCUCAUGAAGAUGAUGAACUCGCUGCAAUACAGGCUGAGAUGGCACUAUAAAGGUUACCUUUUAAAAACAAACAACGGGUUCUGUUUAAUGCAUCGUAAGGUGGUGUUGGAAGGUGGCUUUUGGGUGUGCAUUAUUUAAAAAAAGAAAACAGAAUGAAGAUUGUUAUGUAUAUAAAAUAUCCGACUCAAAUUGAUCGGAGACAUUAUUUUAUAUACAGUUUGACUUAUGGGCUUUUAUUUAUUUCUAUUCUACAUUUGAAUGUUUCCUUUACUCUUUGCUUACGCUUUCUUGUGUUAACUUCUUAUAUUCUUGGUUACUUUGUUAAAUACAAGUAUAUAGAACUAACUAGGUGCAUAUCAUCUUUCAACUACUUGUUCAGGUGUAGGUCAAACAUGACACCUCUAUUCGCAAAUGAUGAAAACUUGCUAGAACAAAUAUGGCUUGAGAAAGAUAC